GGAACAUUUUAAAAUGGCACUGUUGAAAAGAGAAUUCGAUGACCUUUAAAAUGAGGUAUCGCUCGACCCCUGCUGCCAUUUAAGAUUUAGGGGUUGGCGCUUACCCCCGCGAGAGGGUUGAAGUGACAACAUUGAAAAUAUGUGCAAAAGAUUUCCCCCUCCGAAUAAAAAUCGACGGGUCCCAGCGCGUUUUUUCAGUGAACGAUCAAUACGAGAUAUCGACCUUGUUUCGUUUUUGCUGGCCCACCCGGUAUAUUUGCUACACACAGUGUGAAGUGUGAUAAACUUAAUAUGGAAAACAUCGCUUUUUUGGGACUUUUUGUGCACUGUUGCCAAGAAGAAAUAAACCAAUGAAUUUAUCGACCUAGCUGCUUUACCCUUCACCAUUGCAUAUUUUGGAUAAACAUUUCAUUUUGUGUUGACUCAAAUUAUGCAAACAAUAUUUCAAUUUCAGAGUUCACCUAAAACUUGCUGCCACACCAUUCAAAUAUUAAAUUUUCCAUCAAGAGAUACUGUUACGUAUCCCAUUGUGAGAGUUGUAGGCCUUAUCCAGUGCAAAGAAUCAAAAACAUGUCUGCAUAUUGGCAAACCAGCAAAACUUGUACUAAUUCUACAAAACCAAAACAUAGAAAAGUUAAUAAAUAUAAAAAACCAGAAAUUCAAAAUAUUAUUGCAAUUAUCAGAGGGCAGAAAUAAGUUUGAAUUUAAAUUUGAUUCUCAGACUUUAACAUUAAGUUUAGAUUAUUGCCCUUCAAAUUCAGAAUAUACUGUGAUGCCUAUGUAUGUGAUAUGUGAGGGACACGAUGGAAAAUAUCAAGCUCCUUCAAAUGUGGAAAAUGAUGUUGAAAGUGCCUGCAACAGGAUAUUAUUAUGUUCAAGACUGCUGCAAUGCUUUACAGCCGAAAAAUUACUUGAAAAUGGUUUAGGACGUAAGACAUUUACAUUAGAAAACAAGUGCCAAGUUUUUAAAAGUAAAGUGGAUUAUUUGGAUGCGAGAAGAAUGAGUCAAGAAAAGUUAUGGGAAAGUAUCGGUCGAGAUAUAAUGAAUUCAAAACACGCAUCUGAGAAAAAGAAAUAUUUGGCGUUCCUUUCCUGUACAAAUUACAAUGGUUAUAAGUUUUCUGAGGAAACUAUGAAAACUCACGAAGAUAUUCUUGGCAUAACUGAGGCCUAUGUAGCUUUAGGAGGAGGUGGGUUAGCUUUGUUUGGAACUGCUUGCCUAUAUACAUGGGCUGAAGAAUUCGAUGAAGUUAUUACUAAGUUUGAAGACAGCACUGUGGUUGAUAAAAUGAAGUUUUUGGAUGAUAGCUGUUACAGAGGUACACAGGGUUCAUGUUUCUCAACAACUCUUGGCUCUGUCCUACACGAGCUAUAUCAUACUUUUGAUCUUGGACAUACCAAAACUGGUGUAAUGGGUAGAGGUUUUGAUAAUAUAAGCAAAUUUUUCACUUUUGAAGAUGAUGAUAAUCAGGAAGAGCAUUUUAAAGCAUUUCAAGCUCAAAUUGAGUUUAAGGAAGAGUUUGAGUCUGAUAUGCUUUCAGAAAGACUGCAUAAUGAAUCCAAAAGAAAAGAUUUUCAAGUUAUUAAAAAAAUUGAAGACAAUGAUUGGACUGUUUUGACUAAAAGUUGUGCUGUAAUAUUGGCUUACCAUAAAUGGUUCAAUAAUUAUUGUCACAGCAACUCUAUAACUCUUUCAUAUGAUUUUUCUAGUAAAUUUAUACAGUCCACUGCAGGUAUAAGAGUAGUAGAAAUAAGAAAACAACCAGACGAAAUGAUUAUGUUUAAUUGGACAUUUGAAGGAAAAGUUCUGAAAUUUUCUUUCAGGAUUCCUGAUGAGGCUCUCAAAAGCAAGAUCUCCAGAACAAUUUUUGUGGAAGACAAUCUUGGCAAUAUUUUAAAGAAGCCACUAAGUAGUUAGAGAUUUGUAGUCUGCUUAGAAAAAAGUUUCUUAUUUAGGGUUACUACAUAUUAAAAUAUAAAAUAAGAAUAAAUGCCCAAUACUCGGCCCAAUAUUUACAAAAAAAAAAAACAAAGAUGUUAGUUGGGUGUGAUCUCUGUAGGGUAGGCUGUGAGGCAAGACUUUGAAAAUUGUAUUUCUUCCUUAUAAUAUUAUAGCAUUAUAGUGUUCUAGCAAUCUUGAAGAUAGAAUACAUAGGUACUUAUAUACUUAUGUAGUUGCAAAAUAAAAAUUAUUGAAAAUUUUAACUUUUAUUUAAAUGGUAUAAAAUGAUGAAAUACAACUUUCAUUAUUUUCACUUUUAUUGUACUUCACCACAAGCAGCUAUUGUCACUUUAUCAGUAGGCUUUCCGGCUUUUGUUCCGCACCUCUCCAUCCUCUUAAGCACAUCCAUGCCACUAAUAACGUGUCCAAAAACAACAUGUUUUCCAUCCAGCCACUCGGUUUUGACUGUACAAAUAAAAAACUGAGAUCCAUUGGUGUUGGGUCCAGAAUUUGCCAUUGACAAGGUACCUGGAUUUGUGUGCUUUAGUUGGAAAUUUUCAUCAGCAAAUUUUCUACCGUAUAUUGAUUUUCCUCCAGUGCCAUUGUGGUUGGUAAAAUCGCCACCUUGGCACAUGAAGUCUGGAAUGAUUCUAUGAAACAUGCUUCCUUGAAAACCGUAGCCCUUUUCGUGGGUGCAAAGACAACGAAAGUUUUCCGCAGUUCUGGGUACUACAUCAGCUCGCAGCAUUAUGGUAAUACGACCUAUUUCCGUUUUUCCUAUUUUAAUGUCAAGAUAGACUUGCGGGUUAGUGAUUUUUUUAGGAAUUGAUUCUUCUGUGGCUUCACUGACGCUAGUGGUAGUAGUGGUUUCACUAGAUGUUUCCAUAUCAUCUCCUUUAUCUUUAAUGGUUUCUCCAGCAUGUUUUUGAAGCCAGGUAUCCUCAGACCAAACGGGCCUCGUUGAACCUUCUUUUAUCCUUUGUGGUUUCGCCAAAUUGACCCGGAUGGUUCGACCAAAUAGUUCCGCAUCGUUCAUGUUAUCCACGGCCGCGCCAGCAUCUUCUGUGGCUUCAAACUCGAUAAACGCAAAGCCCCUGUGUUUUUCUGAUUCAUAAUCCAGUGGUAUUUGUAUGUCGAUAAUAUCGCCGAAAGGAAUAAACGCAGCUUUUAGAAUUUUGUCAGUUAUUUCUUCAGCCAAACCACCAACGUACACAAUUUUUUUGUUUGUAUCACCCAUAGUUUUGUUGAAAAUUUAGAAAAAUAGAACAAAAUCCAGAUUUUCGAAAACGUUCCUUUAACCUCA